ACUCUGAGAUGACAACAGUCACAUUUGUCUUCUUAACACUGUUCACUUGGAUGGUGUCAUCUGGCACAUGGGUCAGACUAGACCAGUGUGCUGAGAUCAGUCAGUAUGGGCACGAUGAAGAAAAAAAGGGCAUCAGCUCAAAUGCAUCAUAUAAAAACGGUGUUAUACAUGACAAAACAAAAGUGACAGUGACAUGUGAGAGAGCUCCUGGAAUGAAAGUUGCCUUAGAGAGGAAGUUCACACAGGACAGGAUCAUAAAAGACUAUACCCUAUUUGCUGGUUUGACUUUAAAUUGCAUCCUCUAUAAUGGCUCUGUGAAUCUCUUGCAAAGAGUGAAGGAGACUGUGAAUAGAGAGAAGCAAAGCAUUCCUGUCUGCAAGUGUCAAUUCUGGCAGUAUUUGGUGUAUUUCCUAUCUAGGACCGGACGUCUCCUACUCAUAAUAGAGAUAAAAACUGAUAAUCAUAGAAGUAUCCGUCCUUCAGCUGUUCUGAGGUCUAUGGAUCAGAGCUCCCACAUCAUUACCCAUGUUCUAGUGGACCACUGGAAAACAGUGGAUUGUAUCUGUAUCUGCAAGGCAUUCCACCUUGAGAUGAAAAUCCUGCAAGGCUUUUUGUGCAGAAACUUUGCACCUGCAUUUCCAGAAUUCAUCUUUAACCUGUCUGAGAGCAAAGUUAGGCCGAUGUCUUCAGAAGAAUCAAACAGGGCUUUUGUCAGGAUCUACUAUGUGCAGAUGCCAUCUAAGUUUUAUCUACCACACUGUCCAAAAGAAGCCUUUCUAACACAAACAGGCAGGAUGAAGAGUGUGCAGCCUAUGGACACCAGCAGAUGGGUUGCAAGAUUUUUUCUGGCAGCUGCGUUACUGCUUGGAAUCUACAUGACAAGAAUAAAAAUAUCCCCAAACAGAGUCCAUCCUGCUCAUGGCAGUAAUUCCACAAUGGUAAUGCUUUUUACCAUGACACUACGAUGUUUUUCAUCCAUCCAUGAGCCCACUGAGUUGUCCCGGAUAGCUGUCGGGAUCUCUUUUGUCAUCUGCCUCUCUUACACUCUGGAAAGUACUGUACAUGUGUUAAUUGCCUGCAGGGCUGCUCAUACUGUCAUGAAAUUGUUUUGUACAACACAGCAGCAAUUUAGGGCUCUGCCUGUUACUGUGUUGUUUAUCUGGUUGACUUUCAAUCCUCCUUUUCCAAAUAACAAUGUAAAACACUGGUUUGACGUCAUACUUGCUAAUGAUACUGUAGGAUCAACACUAAGGUACUGGGCUGUGCUAGGGAAGAUAGAGCUACUGGCUACUUUAUUCUGUGUGUUUAUCUCACUUCCCAGUUUGUUACAAUCCAUCCUGAUGAAACUGAAUUUUUUGAAUGUCCUUUUAAAUUUGCAACUCAUAACCUGUCUACACAAUUCAAGGGUACCAACAAAGUAUGUACUUAUUAUUAAGAUCAGCAGGUUAAUUUAGACUUCCUAAACCUGCCAUACUGUAUGAAAUGUUCAAUAUGAUGCGAAAAUUGUGAAAAAUGUAGAUACAAAGAUCAUUGAACCUAUAAUGUUCUGUUUUUCCUUCAUUCCCACCCUCUAAACAUGCAGCUUUACCAACCCAGUUUAUCCAACAAAAGCAUUUUAACUUUGUGGUCUCAUUCAAACAGUUGCAUCCCCCCCCCCCAUGGCUGAGGAGAUGGUGCUCUUUGUGAAUAUUUAACUUUGGGCAUAAUUACACUUACCUGACACUACCAUAAUAAACAUUCUAGUUAUUGAAGUCAAUGACAGUUGAAUGUAAUAAGGCUAAAUCUUUAUUAGCCCUACCACCAUUUUACACAAUUUCUGACAGCAAGGAACACUUGUAUGGACACUUGUUUUUAUUUGUAUUAAUGUCUUAUAAAAUGGUCAUAUCCCACUAAUAAUUUUAAAUAAAUAUAUACACAUAGAAAGAAAGAAUCAAAUAAAUUAAUCAAUACUGAGCUACCCUCUAUAGUGUGCUAAGAUUAUGCUUUGUUCUACAAAGGAUGGCCUCUUAACAAUGAAGAAGAAUGAACAAUGAACAGCAGCUCACAGUGUUGCUUUGUUAAGCAUUUCAUAUAUAGGGUUGCAGGAAAUUUGACUUGAUAAGUUUUAUUUGUUGCAAAUGUUUAAAAGUUUAAAUGUUAAACAUUUAAAGUUUCUGUUUAGCAACUGGUUUAAUAAAAAAAAACAGAAAUAUAUAUAACCAGUUGUCCCUAAACGUUAAUGAAGCUGCAUGUUGUAAGAUAAAAGGGAACCAUAUUUAGAUUAAAUGCAAUCACAAAACAUAAAUUGUAAUGCACACAAUAAAAUCAUAAUUUUGACACAUUCCAGACUCCAUACAUACUGAUUAAUUUCAGUGGCAAUAGGCAAAUUAAAUAAAUCAAAUGAGAAAAUGUUUUAAUAACAAUUUGUUUGUUUGUAUUACUUUAUUAAUCCCACAACGGGGAAAUUCCAUUGUCACAGCAGCAAUUACGUGAAAUAAAUAAAUACAGAUAUAAAAAAAAAAAACUAUGGUUAAGUGGUAAAGCUAUGGUAUGGUGGUAAUUUGAAAAACAGAAACUACAACAUUGAUCAGGUGUUGUGUUGUGUUGGGUCUGACAGCGGCAGGGAUGAAAGACCUUCGGAACCUCUCCUUCUUACACUGUGGGUGUAACAGUCUCCUGCUGAAGGAGCUACUCAGGGACCCCACAGUGUCAUGUAGGGGGUGAGAGGUGUUGUCCAUGAUGGAUGUCACUUUCUCAAUGGAGUCCAGAGGACAGUCCAGGACAGAGCUCGCUCUCCUGAUCAGUUUAUUGAGUCUCUUCCUGUCCCUGUCCGUACUGCCCCCUCUCCAGCAGACCACAGCAUAGAAGAUGGCUGAAACAACCACAGAGUCAUAAAAAGUCUUGAGGAGAGCCCUGCUGACUGAUUUUACAAUAAUGUGAAUAAAGACCAAUAGAUAAA